AUGUUAAGUGUUCGCCGCCUAAGACUUUAAGACGAUAUCCAAAUAAACAGAAAUGACAUUAUUUAGUUGUGAAGAAAAUUUGGAGGAUUUUUAUGUGUAUUUUUUUCUGGUUUACUUGUAAAGAAAAUCUUGACUGUACAAUAGAUCUUGCAUUUUAAAGCGUUUGGAAUGUAAAUGUCGCCAGCUUAAUGAAAAAAUCUUGUUAUCUGUGGCGGAAGUUUAUGUUCAGUGGUCGGGAUUUCAUGUGUUUUGCGAGAUGAAAGUUUAUGUGUCAUUUGUUAAGGAUUAAAACAUCUACACGAGGACAUUUUCUGUAUUUCCGAAAGAUACAGUUGACACAACAGUCGAUCCCCGUUGGCUCGAACUCGCUUGGCUCGAUUUCCGCGUUCGCUCGAACUGGAUGUAGAGGACCAAUUUCUUAAAACUGAAGGAAAAAGUGACAGCUCGGGUCAUAUGUUAAUGCAUAUCUGUGUUUUGGAUUUCGUGUUCGGUUACGACUUGGAACAAUAGGACAUAGAUUAUUAAACCCGCACGGGAAACCUUUGUUCGCCAUAUAUCGUCGGGGUGAGUCGGUUCACUGUCGAAUCGCCUCGGCCAUUCCCGGCAUUCACGGACGGAGCCGAACAUUACCGAUGUAGCUGGCAACACCUUCGGAAUACUUCGGUGAAAAGGGACUAGCGCUCUGAAAAUACUUUUAUUUCGAUUCUGAAAAUUUCAUAUGGACUUGCCAAAAAUAUCGUGUUAUUAAACCAUGAUAUACGUACAUCUAUCAAAAAGUACCAUACUUGGUGUGUCAAAAAACAGAAGUACAUAAUUCCAUCUGGAAAACAAGCGAAGCAAUAACAUGUCUGAGAAGGAAUAUUAGCAGAGAAAUUCCAAGAGGGAAAGAUACACCUGCUUCAGCGUAUCGAUUAAGAUCACAUCCCGUGCGCUUUAGGAUAGCAUGCAGAAUUCCAGACAUCGCGGCCUUUAAAUAUUUAUGAAUCUACGAGCAAGCCAUUCCACUGGGUAACAAGGAAUAGACGACCAUACAUCAUAAAACAAUUUAACACUUUUUAGUCUGGUGUAUAGCGUGAAACAGUGUUUUCGUGGACAUCUUAGUGUGCACACGUAUACGGAUUACAUUUACAUACACCAAAACAGCUGGCGUCUAGUCUAGGGGGACAGGAUUUCGUUCUCUCUCUAGCAGUUCUUUUUUGUGCAAGUGUUUUUUUAAUUAUUUUUAUCGGUGCGAAUUGGCAAUCAAAAUGGAGUUUAAAAGCCCGCGAAACGAACUCGCAACUUUGGUACUAUUUAUACUUUUCUUGACUGGUCCUGCAAAUUCGCAGCAAGGAAAUUGCAAGUUACGUGGUCAAAUCUACACCAGUCUAAACUGGUACGGGUACCUACUUCAAAAGACAUUCCAGGGGAACGCCAGCCGAAUCCAGUACGCAGUUUCGUUCCCUGCAUCGGAGUGUUGUGCUAAUAUGCUCAUAUAUUACGAUGGCCAGAUCAGAAACCUAACUCAAGACAUGACCUGUGAACAGCGAGACAAAGUCCUCAACCCAAAUAACCAGAUCAUCCCACUAAACCUAGAUACCGGCGUUGAUGGCUGCAUCCGGCGGGUGAUAGAUGGCACAGACCACGUGUUCUGUGUCGGGGAUCGGACACUCAAGUCCACCAGUCCUCGGAUGUGGUAUGUGGCAUUGAGUCGCUGUGGUGCCACCGGCCCCAUAACCGUCCGCUACGAGUUUAACCUGACUGGAUAUUACGGCGCGUGCGAGGAGGAUCCGCUCGCGCGGACGCUGUUUCCGCCCCAGGAGGUUGCGGGUGACACUAGCGCACACUUAUCCAUCGGCCUCGGCGUACUGGCAGGUAUCGCCAUUAUCGUGGCCGUAUUAUUCAUCGUGCUGUUUAUCGUGAACCGGCGCCAGAUGCGAAAGAAGCCCAAAACGAGCGGUUCGGUAACAUCAUCACAGGCCACGAUGACACAGGACAUAUUCUACGUUAACCCUUCUCUGUCGGAUCGCGGGGUCGGCGGGGAACACUCAGACUCACAAUACAGCCGCUCCAGCUCCGAGAACUACUAUGAGGUGAUUCCCGACCGACGCAGCUACGAGAGCAUCAAUACACAGUUGGCUCUGCACGGCGGCCGGGCAAUCAACAUCCCACGGGAGCACCGCACGCCCCGUAUACCCUCAUACAUCUUUGAGGACGUUCCGCCUCCACCCUACCAGCCACCCAACAUGCAGGGUUCGGGGCAUCAACACCAGGGCUCUGGUUCCUCCUCUGGCCAUCACUCAUCACAGGGCUCGGGGUCAGGUCAUCCUCUACUGGCCACCCAGAGCCCGUACUCGGUCGGCGGGCUGCAACACGUCUCCCUUCAGACGCGCUUCGUCCCCAUCAGUAGCGCCCAGGGCUUACCAACCGGCCCAGUAACCAUGGCGACCACCACCACUAGGAUGCCAAUCCACAGCAAUGGGCCGCUUUCAUCAGCGAUCAGCAACAGCAGCGGAGGCCCGCAGGCGGCAAAUCACACUUCCGCUGGAAUCUUCCACUCGUCAGCUACCGGUACAAGCGCAACAGAAGCGGGAAAUCAAAAUGGCGGAAUUAAUUCUCUCGCGGGCGGACUCACGUCUCGAGAAACUCUACCGUCUUCGAGAGCGCAAAUUAGUGAAGUCAACGGCUCAAUUCAAUUACAAAGUGGCGGCCCGGCCCAGAACGGUACACUAGGAAGAUACGGCGGCCAACACGCCAAACUGUUAAAUCACAAUUACAGAAUACAGCAGUUCGAGACGACAGCGUGACGGGGGCGGAAGCAUUACGUAUAGAAGUUUCACCGUAAUGACUUAAAAAGUGUUCAAGUGUUGUAAUAGAGACACAUUCAAAAUGUGCGCUGUUUAUAUAUCGCCAUUAUGGCAUUAUAAAUGAUAUUUCAUUCUACAAUUAUCAUGUACAGAAGAUGUGCCGCAAUACGUGUACGGUCUUUACAAAUAAAGCAUUCUACAAUUCCGUAAUUUUAAGGCGACACAAACUAUCAAGUUUACGUGAAAAGCAUUUCGUGAAAAUGAAAUUUCGAAUUUGUUAUAGUAAUGUAUUGUUAUUGUGUUGUGUUGUUAAUAGUGUUCUUAUGUAUUUGAUAAGAAAUUGUCGAUGUUUUUUACUUACUUUCAUUUAUAUGUGAGUCGGACUAGUUCAAAUAUGUCUGUCAUUAUUAAAUAAUGUCAAAUAAAUGUGCAAUUUA